AUGUCCAUCCCCUCCUCCAGCACCACCCUGCGGCCGCCCGCCGGCUUCAAAAACCUGCUGGAGGGGCUGGCACUGGAGGUGUUGCGGGCACAGCCCGCCGAUGUGGUGGCCUUUGCCGCUCAGCACUUCCAAACGCUGCUGGAGCAGAGAGAGGACAGCUCAGCUGACCUGGCAGUGUGGGGAGCGUGGCCAGAGGACGAGGUUCUCACACAGCCUCUUUUCCAGGAGCCAGGGGAGGACAAGAAGGAGGACAAGGACGAGGAGGAGGAGAAGGCAGGAGAGCAGGCAGGCAACGCUGCAUCCACAGACAUGGGGGGGAGCCGGCCAUAUGCGGCGUGCAGUGCUCGCCCACGGCACGGGGCACGGCGGCGGCUCCCCCGGUAA